GCUUGGCUGCAGCCCCGCAGCCGGGAUGGCGGCGCCGCGACCGUGCGCGGAUGGCUCCUGCUGUUCGCACCCCGGUGCGGUGCCCGGGGUACAGCAGACGCUGGAGGAGAUGGACUUCGAGAGGGGAAUCUGGUCGGCUGCCCUGAAUGGAGACCUGAGCCGAGUGAAGUAUUUCAUCCAGAAAGCCACAGACCCUAGCCAGCCGGACUCUGCUGGCUACACUGCACUGCACUACGCUAGCCGCAACGGGCACUAUGCCGUUUGCCAGUUUCUGCUAGAAAGCGGAGCAAAGUGUGACGCCCAGACUCACGGGGGCGCCACGGCUUUGCACCGGGCCAGCUACUGUGGGCAUACGGAAAUCGCAAGGCUGCUGCUUUCCCAUGGGUCCAACCCCCGGCUGGUUGACGAUGACGGCAUGACCAGUCUACAUAAGGCUGCGGAGAAGGGUCACGAGGACAUUUGCUCCCUCCUGUUACAACACAGCCCCUCCCUGAAGGCUGUCCGGGAUCACAAAGCACGCCUAGCAUGUGACCUCCUGCCCUGUAACAGUGGCCUGCGGGACCUGCUGGCCAGCUGAGGCCCCACCUCCUGUCUCUGGCUGCCCUUGAAGGGUACACAGAUUAGCUCUCCACACCCCUGCCUUGCUCAGCAUCAUGCUGCUGGGACCAGGGCCAGAAUGCCCAGAAGAGCCCCCGCCUGGCUAGUGUGGCAGCCGGUAGGGAGGCUUGGGGGGGCUGAAGGCUUGUGAACCUGGACAGGUGGUCGUAUAAGUGGUCCAUGUUAGAGACACAUAUCCAUCUGGAAGAAAAUAAAGCUUAUAUCUUGAUGUUAUCCACGGA